AUGGUAUUCCCCUCACUCGGCGACGUGUGGAAGCUUCGCGACUGUGCCUGGCAGUAUUAUGUGGCCAUGCUGGUGGCAACUGUGGCGGUGCUCAUACCGUUCGUGCUGCGUGAAGAGCCCGACAUGAUGGGACGUACAAUUUCUGUUCAGCCAAAAUUUGUUACAGACGGCAACACGUUCUACGGCACCAUGGCAGGGGAGGGCAAGAUGGUGCGCCUUCGUCUGCGGCUUGUGGAUGCACCAGAGAUGGACCAGCCGUAUGGGCGCGAGGCGCGUCUCUUCCUGCGCCAUAUGCUGGUGGACGAUGCCCCGGCAGAGGUGAUGUGCCGCGUCACUGGCACUGACGGAUGGGGAGGCCUCAUUGUGGAUGUCGUCACGCGUCACAGUCCGUCGCGCGCGGGCAACGACGACGAC